AUGCCUGAACCUCUUUCGUGGUGGUAUAAGCCUGAUCAGCAUUGUGCCUAUCAUCAAGGGGCACCUGGCCAUGAUAUUGAGAACAUUUAUUCGUUGAAAUAUGAGGUUCAACGAUUGGUAAGAAGUAGGAUGGUGUCCUUUGAGGAUCGUGCACCGAAUGUUAAAUCCAAUAUGUUACCCGCUCAAGUCCCGCAUACAUUUGAUAAGUAUGCGCCUUACAAGUAUAAUGCUACUAUGAUCAAAGAUGGACAAGAUGUUCCUCUUCCUGCAUCUACUUUAGUAGUAAGCAUUGCUGACGUUGUCAAGGUAACCCGAAGCGGUCGAGUGUUCAUUCCGGUAUUCCCGAAGGUUGUUGAGAAUGUUGUCGUUGGAAAUAAGGCCGAGGUGGUUGUUCCUUUGUUUGAUCCUAUUAACACUCCAAUUUUUCAGUCUGGUGAGUCCAUCAGUUUGAAGAGCAAGGAUGAUAAUGAUGAAGUACUCCGCCUGAUAAAGAAGAGUGAGUUUAACGUCGUGGAGCAGUUACUCCAGAAGCCCUCCAAGAUUUCUACUUUAUCUCUAUUAAUAAAUUUUGAAGCACACCAUGAGGCUUUUCAAAAAGUACUUGAGCAUGCCUACGUUGAACAUGAUGUUACGGUUGAUCAAUUUCAUCACAUCGCUGCUAACAUUACUACGUGCAAUAAUCUAAGUUUUUGUGAUGAGGAGCUUCUAGAAGAAGCUAGGAAUCAUAAUAUGGCUCUCCUUAUAUCUAUGAAUUAUAAGGAGGAUGCCUUAUCCAAUGUCUUGGUAGACACAGGUUCAUCUUUGAAUGUUCUACCCAAGUCUACCUUGGCUAGGCUAUCUUAUCAAGGAGCACAUAUGAGAUAUAGUGGUGUGAUUGUAAUGGAUAUCCACCCAGCCUAUAGCUGCAUAUUAGGUAGGCCAUGGAUUCAUGAAGCAGGUGCUGUCACAUCAACUCUACACCAAAAGCUCAAAUUUGUCAAGAAUGGGAAACUUGUUAUUAUUGGAGGUGAAAAGGCAUUAUUGGUGAGCCACUUAUCAUCUUUCACGUAUGCUGAAAUCGAGGAAGCUGUUGGAACUCCAUUUCAAGCUUUUCCUGUGGCUAAUGUGAUCCAGAAAACUAGGGCAUCCAUGUCUUCUUUGAAAGAUGCGCAAGAGAUUGUCCAGGCUGGGGACACAGACAAUUGGGGUCGUGUCGUGGGAGUAGUUUAG